UAGGUGACGGACGCGGUGUUUUGCCGGCGACACGCGUGUCUUCUUCUUUCAAGUGAUUGUUCGAUUUCCAGCUAAUAGACAAAAAUUGGCUUUGCUGCGGGCUUCAUUAAGUGGCAAACUCGGAGACUACCGAGCACACGGAGCGAAGUUGUUUGUUUGGACGUUAGCAACGUUGUCGCAGUUAUGGAUUCACCAACACCGCCAAUUGUCAUCGACGAUUCGAACGGUUCAGCAAUGGACGCCUGUUUCACGGCAUUCGACAAGGAUGGCGAUGACCGUCUGAAUCUGGAUGAGUUUACGCUAAUCUGCCGUGCUCUGUUCCGCAACGACAAGGGCCACAUCUACGAUGUACCACACGAACGCCUCGAGCAAAUAUUCGCCGUCUUUGAUACAAAUGGAGAUGGGUUCAUCGACAGAGAGGAGUUUAAAUUUUGCUGGAAUCAAUGGAUAAAAACGAUUGUGCGACCGGUGAACGCGUUUCUCAUUGUUGAUGUACAAAAUGAUUUUAUAAGUGGUUCCUUGGAUAUAAGUAAUUGCAGUGCACAGCAACAAGGACACGAGAUACUGGAGCCCAUUAACAAUCUGCUCGAUACGGUGGACUUUGAUGCGGUAUUUUAUUCGCUGGACUGGCAUCCCAGCGAUCACGUUUCCUUCAUUGAUAAUGUCAAAAUGCGAGCCAUGGAUGAAGCAUCAGCGCUUGAUGCCGAUUCGGCAAAGGUCUUCGAUACGGUCAUCUUUGCUGGGCCGCCACCAAUGAAGCAACGUCUGUGGCCACGUCACUGUGUACAGGACUCGUGGGGUGCUGAGCUGCACAAGGAUCUGAAGGUGGUGGAUCAUGGCAUUAAGGUGUAUAAGGGCACCAAUCCCGAGGUCGACUCAUAUUCCGUAUUCUGGGAUAACAAAAAACUGUCGGAUACUACGCUAAAUGCACAGCUAAAGAUGAAGGGUGCCACAGAUAUAUACGUUUGCGGAUUGGCAUAUGAUGUAUGUGUGGGUGCAACGGCUGUGGAUGCUCUAUCCGCUGGAUAUCGGACCAUCUUGAUAGACGACUGUUGCCGCGGCACCGACGUCCACGACAUUGAGCACACCAAGGAGAAAGUCGUUACUAGCGAUGGAGUUGUAGUUCACACUAAUGAGGUCAAGGCCAUGGCCGAAGGACGCGAUCGUCGACCGGAGUUGGGUUAUAAGCUGGCCAUGGAACUGAAGAGUCCCGAUUCGGUACUGUCGCAACGCAAUGGCUUCAGGCCCUCCUAUUAAGGAUUAAAGACAUCACAAAUAAGCAGAACACACAGAGCUAAACAAUGACACAGGAAACAUGAAAAAUGACAAUUAGUUAACGUAGUUAAUUUUUAGUGAGUUUUCGUUACAAACACAAGUACCAAGUGCCUUGCAAUGUAGUUGAGCUAGCUUUUGCUAAAGAACAUUUCAAAUUUUAUGGAACAAAAGUUAAUGAGAGUGAUUUGGUAGUGUUUCUAAUAAGGAUCAUUCGAAUUGUUUGUAUGCUUAAUACAAUUUUAAACAUUUUUGUCUAUUGACAGGUUAAUGAAAUCAGCUUAAGUAUUACAGAUAUUCCCAAGACCUCCUUUAUUUGUCACCUGUAUUACAAUUACAAGUUUCAUUCAAGCAAUCAGCAAAUGUUGUACACUGCACCUGUUUUAACAACAAAUACAAACAACCCUAACUAUGUAGAGAACUCUGGAAUAUAAUAAAAUCUCAAAUAUAAAGAUGGGCUUCAAUGAAAAAGUACUUAAAGAAAUGCAUAUGAAUUUUAAAUAAAUGAACAAAUUAUUAAGAUA